ACACAUCCAUCCUGCGUGGAGCCCGGUGGGCCACAGAAGGCGCUAGGAAAAUCACGGAGCCGGGACCUUACCACACUCUCUCUCUUUCCCUCUCUCUCUCUCUUUCUCUCCCCUCUUCAAGCUCCGUGGACGACUUGUUUCUCCGCGCACGUCCUUCCCAGAAAUGCGAGUAAAGGAGAGAGGACGCCUGGCGUGUGCAUGACUGAGUGCAGUGCGUAAAAAAGAAAAAAACGGAGAACUGCAGGACGCUGCAAGGAGGGGAGGAUUACAGGAAGGGGAUAUUUCAACACGUCGCCGAGAAGCCAUCCACCAAGUCAGACAAGCCGACCGGGAGGGAAGCAUUCUUUUUUUGUGACCGGGAAUGGCGACGCUGUGAAUGGGAAGAAUGCACCGUGACGCACCCGAGUUGGUUUGAUUCCACUCACCGGCGAGGAGGCGUCCGAAUGAGCGUCAAACUCUAAAAAAGUCCACCCGGAGAACAUCCUCAUCAUCGUCAUCGCUGCGAGUUUGAAGAACUUCUUCAGCAUUUCCCACUCCUCCCUCCUCCUUCUUCUUGUUUUAUUCCAAACUCUCUAAAUCCAAGCCCACGUCCACACUUGGUUGCAAAGCACUUGGAUGAACUUCCUGAUGAGAGAUCCAGUCAUCCAGGGCUCGAGUAUGGCAUAUCAUCCGUUUAUACCUCACCGGGGUCCGGACUUUGCCAUGAGCGCCAUGCUGGGCCACCAGCCGCCCUUCUUCCCCGCCCUGGCGCUGCCUCCCAGCGGCUCGCUCUCGCUGCCGGGUGCCCUGGGCAAGCCGAUCAUGGAUCAGCUGAUGGGAGGAGCGGCGGACUCCGGGCUGCACUUCUCCUCGCUGGGCCACCAGGCAGCCGCAGCCGCCGCCGCAGCCGCGCACCUCCGGCCUCUGAAGAGUCUGGAGCCUGAGGAGGAGGUGGAGGACGACCCGAAAGUCCACCUGGAAGCCAAGGAGCUGUGGGAGCUCUUCCACAAGAGGGGCACCGAAAUGGUGAUCACCAAAUCCGGAAGGAGGAUGUUCCCCCCCUUCAAAGUGAGGUGCACAGGCCUGGACAAGAAGGCCAAAUACAUCCUCCUUAUGGACAUCGUGGCCGCCGACGACUGCAGGUACAAGUUCCACAACUCCCGCUGGAUGGUGGCGGGCAAGGCAGACCCGGAGAUGCCAAAGAGGAUGUAUAUCCACCCGGACAGCCCAGCCACCGGGGAGCAGUGGAUGUCCAAAGUGGUCAACUUCCACAAGCUCAAGCUGACCAACAACAUCUCCGACAAGCAUGGAUUUGUAAGUUCUACUAAUACUAUACUGAACUCCAUGCACAAAUAUCAGCCUCGCUUUCACAUCGUUAGGGCCAACGACAUCCUCAAGCUGCCCUACAGCACCUUUAGGACGUACGUGUUCCCGGAGACUGACUUCAUUGCGGUGACUGCUUAUCAGAACGACAAGAUAACUCAGCUUAAAAUUGACCACAACCCUUUUGCCAAAGGCUUCCGUGACACUGGCAAUGGUCGACGGGAAAAGAGGAAACAGUUGGCACUGCAGUCCAUUCGCUCCUAUGAGGAGCAGCAGAAGAAGGAGAACGGAGCUUCAGACGACUCUUCAGGAGAGCAGGCCCCCUUUAAAUGCUUCGGCCAGGCCUCCUCCCCUGCCGUGUCGACCGUGGGCCCCCCACACCUGAAAGACUUCUGUGACAGCGACGAGGACAGCGACGACGAGAGCAAAGAUGGACACGUCAAAGACGGUCCAGACUCCAGCAAGAUCUCCACCACGACGGAGGACGGCAAAGACCCUGAAGCCAGCCCGGUUAAAAGCCACCUGUUCGGCGGAGGAGGUAGCGACCCCAUCGGGCGAACCCGCGACGGCAGUCCGAGGACUGAGCGAGGCCGGGCGGACUCCCGUCAGAGCCCCAUCACAGUCAUCUCAAGUACCACUCGCUCCGGGGAAGACGUGAAGAGUCCGAGUUUGGAGCCGGCCAAGGAGGACGAUUGCCGGCAGUUGGGCAAGGACUCCUUCGUGCCUUUGACUGUGCAGACGGAGGGUGCCCACAUGGGCCACGGCCACUUGCCCAACUUCGGAUUUCCGAGCGGGCUGACGGGACAGCAGUUUUUCAACCAUUUAGGGGGCGCGCACCCCUUCCUCCUCCACCCGAGUCAGUUCAACAUGGGGGGCGCCUUCUCAAACAUGGCUGCGGGCAUGGGGCCUCUACUGGCGGCCGUGUCUACGGGAGGGGUGAGCACCAUGGACACUAGCAGCAUGGCGUCCUCCCCUCAGAGCUUGGCUGGCGCUCCAGGCCUGCCCUUCCAUCUGCAGCAACAUGUCCUGGCCUCGCAGGGUUUGGCCAUGUCCCCCUUUGGAAGUCUCUUCCCCUAUCCCUACACAUAUAUGGCUGCCGCCGCAGCAGCAUCAUCCGCCGCCGCCGCUGCCGCCUCAUCCUCCUCUUCCUCCUCUUCAGUGCACCGGCACCCCUUCCUGAACGCGGUGCGCCCCCGACUCAGGUACAACCCCUACUCCCUCCCCAUGACGGUACCGGACAGCACCCUCCUCACCUCGGCCACCAUGCCCCCUUUAGCCCCCGGCGGGGCAGACCUAAAGGGGGACGUCCUGAUCCCGUCCAGCCCCGUGUCGGCAGGCGGGGUCACGCUGGACUCCACGUCGGAGGUGACGAGUCGCACAAGUCGAUCUGUGUCACCCAAAAUUUGCACGGAGAAAGAGGGUGCUAGUGAGCUGCAGAGCAUUCAACGCUUGGUCAGUGGACUGGACUCACACCAGGACAGGUCAAGAAGCGGGUCGCCUUAAGGGGGACGCCACUCCCUUCCCUCAACUACACUUUUUAGUUACUAUUUUCAUUUUCAAGGCGUCCCAAAUGUUGGAAAGUGUCUCUGAUGAUAAAUAGGAGGACUUCUUCACAGAUGAAUGCAGGUUUUUAAAGGAAAAAAAAACAUGGAAUUGUUUUAAUUUCUGAAAUGCACUUUGGUUUAAUACACAUCUGUAUUUUGUUCUUGUUUUUAAAUUAAAAAAACAACACUUAA